AUGCAGGAAUUCGAUGAUGAUGACGAGAAUAGUGAUAUUGAGGAGGAAGAGGGAUCUCUGCUGGACUUUGACAAUUUUAUUAAGAAAUUUGGCAAGGAUUAUGGGUAUGGUGGAAAACUUGACCAGAUUCGAGAGCGCGAAUUGAAACGAGUCCAUGGAGCAGUGUACUUGGACUAUACAGGAGCAGGAGUCUAUCAAGAAUCGCAGGUUCGUAAGUGCAACGAUUUGCUUCUUGAUUUCCUGCUUGGCAAUACACAUAGCGUUAACCCCUCAAGCAAGAAAACAGAAGAAUUGGUUGAACAUAUUCGUACGCAAGUUCUGUCCUUUUUCAACACUACUGCAACCGAGUACAGUGUGAUUUUCACAAGUGGAGCAACGAAUUCGCUCCAUAUCAUCGGUGAGAUCUUCCCCUGGACGAAAAACAGCAAGUAUUACUAUCUUUCCGAAUGCCACAACUCCGUUAUCGGUAUUCGUGAGUACGCCUAUCGCUACGGCGGUGGCUUCCGCGCAGUCAACGAGGAGGACCUUCCAUCCAGCGGAACCUUCGAAGUAUCCUACUCUGAGACCUCUCCGUUUUUCAACCCGAACCACACCUUCAGCCUCUUCGCCUUCCCCGCGGAGGACAACUUCGCGGGCGUGAAAUACCCGCUCCAUUGGAUCAAAGACGUCCAGAACGGCUUCUUCAACGACUGGCUCGUCGCGUUGGACGCCGCCGCGUUCGUCCCCACCAACCCUCUCGACCUCUCCCAAGUCCAUCCCGACUUCGUCUCGCUCUCCUUCUACAAGAUGUUCGGGUUCCCCACGGGAAUUGGUGCGUUAUUGGUGCGCAACGCGGUGGUAGGCGUGCUAGACAAAGUGUACUGGGGCGGUGGCACGGUGUCUCUGGCGAGCGAGCUCACCCGCUUCAACAAGUUCCACAGCCGGCCUUCCAGCAAGUUCGAGGACGGAACCAUCAAUUUCCAGGCGAUUGCGUGCAUCGGAAUCGGCCUGGACACCCUGCAGUCGCUCGGAAUGCACGCCAUUCAGAAGCACGUCGCCGCGGUGACCGCGCUGCUCUACGACGGACUCAGCAGUCUCUACCACUCGAACGGAAUGCCGCUCGUGGAAGUGUAUGGCAAGCACGCGUUGAAGGACCCCUCCGUGCAGGGAGGCGUGCUCUCCAUGAAUUUGAAACGUCCUGAUGGGAGUUACAUCGGGUAUUAUACGGUGCAGGUGGAUUCGGCGCGGGCGAACGUGCAUUUGCGGACGGGGUGCCACUGCGUCCCGGGAGCGUGCCGGAAGUACUUGAACCAGCCGAAGGAAGUGUAUGAGGAGCUGUGGAAGCAGAAGGAUAGUUGCUCGGAUUCGAUUGAUAGCUACAAGGGAAUCCCGCUGGGAGGAGUGCGAGCUUCGAUGGGGUAUUUGACCAGUUUCGAGGAUAUCACGCGGUUUAUUGAUUUUUUGCGAGGUUAUCUGGAUAAGGAGUGAGGGAAUGGUUAAAUGAAUGGGACUG